GCAACAUAUACUUUUACUUCCUUUCUUCAACGAGAUAAUCUGAAAUGUCGCUAAGCAGACCAAAGUUUUUUACCACCAAUAAAAGAGGCGAAAACUAUGAACUUAAAUCUGAAUUGAACAGCGAGUACCGUCAUCAUCGAAAAGAUGCUGUUAAAAAAGUUAUUGCAAAUAUGACGGUUGGAAAGGAUGUCAGUGGGCUCUUUCCAGAUGUUCUCAAAAACAUGCAAACAGAAGAUCUAGAAUUGAAAAAAUUGGUUUACCUUUAUCUUAUGAAUUAUGCAAAGACGCAACCCGAGUUAGUUAUUUUGGCUGUUAAUACAUUUGUCAAGGAUUCUGAUGACCCAAACCCAUUGAUCAGAGCUCUUGCUAUCCGCACCAUGGGCUGUUUGAGAGUAGACAAAAUUAUCGAUUAUCUUACCGAGCCUCUUCGUAAAUGUCUUAAGGAUGAAAACCCUUACGUUAGAAAAACAGCGGCUGUUUGCGUUGCAAAGUUAUAUGAUCUUAACCCAGAAUUAGCCAUGGAACAAGAUUUUGUCAAUUCUGUGUUGGAAAUGGUAUCUGAUGUCAAUCCUAUGGUUGUCGCAAAUGCAGUUAUUGCCUUAACUGAUAUCAACGAAGCCUCUGACAAGUGUAUCUUCGAAAUCGAUACUAAUACCUCAAACAAGUUAUUACAUGCCCUUAAUGAAUGUACCGAAUGGGGACAGAUCGCUAUUUUGACAGCUAUAGGUGAUUAUAAAGUAUCAGGAUCUAAGGAAGCCGAAAGUAUUUGUGAUAGAGUUAUGCCCAGACUACAACAUGCUAAUGGAGCUGUUGUAUUAUCUGCCAUCAAGGUUUUAAUGAUUAAUAUGAGAUAUAUUAAAGAAGAAUCGUUUAUCAAGUCAAUGUGUAGAAAAAUGGCCCCUCCUUUAGUCACUUUACUUUCAAGUCCUCCUGAAGUUCAAUAUAUUGCCUUACGUAAUAUUAGUCUUAUUCUUCAAAAACGCCCCGAAGUUUUGAGUAAUGAAAUUCGUGUAUUUUUCUGCAAAUACAACGACCCACCAUACGUUAAGUUAGAAAAGCUUGAAAUCAUGAUUAAAUUAUGUAAUGACAGAAACGUGGAUCAAUUGCUUAGCGAAUUGAAAGAGUAUGCCAAUGAAGUUGAUGUGGAUUUUGUCCGUAAAUCCGUCCAUGCUAUUGGUCGCUGUGCGAUUAAAAUUGAUGAAGCUGCCGAACGUUGCAUCAAUGUCUUAUUGGAUUUAAUUAAUACAGGUGUUAGUUACGUAGUUCAGGAAGCUGUGGUUGUUAUUAAGGACAUAUUCCGUAAAUAUCCCCAUAAAUACGAAGGUAUUAUUCCUACUUUAUGUGAAAACCUCGAGGCUUUGGAUGAGCCUGAGGCUAAGGGCUCAUUAAUUUGGAUUAUCGGAGAAUAUGCUGAGAGAAUUGAUAAUGCUGACGACCUUAUAAAUAUCUUUUUGGAGAACUUCAAAGAAGAAAACCCUCAAGUCCAACUACAACUCCUGACUGCAACGGUCAAAUUAUUUUUGAAAAAGCCUAAUGAGAAUCAAGAUUUAGUCCAACGUAUUUUACAAACUGCUACAACUGAAUGUGAUAACGCAGAUAUUCGUGACAGAGCUUAUGUUUACUGGAGACUGUUAUCAACUGAUCCACAGGCUGCCAAGGCUGUUGUUUUAUCUGAGAAGCCUCCUAUUGCCGGUGAGAAUGAUGGCGUUUCGCCAGCAUUACUUGAGACUUUAUUGUAUGAUAUCGGUACUCUGGCUUCUGUCUAUCAUAAGCCAGCUGAAACUUUUAUUGCAGGAAAGAAAUUCGGCGCAGAUAAUGUCAACAAGUCUACAGCAGAUCAUACUGAAGACGAUGAUAUAAAUGCACCUCCGCCUAUGAUUCAGGAAGCUAUCAAAAACAAUGACAUUGGAAACUUACUUGAUUUGGACUGGGACGCACCUACUGAAACACCGGCCUCUCCGAUCAUGGCAGAGCAUCAACAGCAAGGAUCAUUUAGCGAUUUACUGUCCGUUGGAAAUACUGAAUCAAAGGCCAGCCCAUCCCCUCGACCUAACAAUAACAAUAACAUUGACGAUAUUAUGAACUUAUUCAACGCACCCUCCAAUCCUGGUGUACAAACAUAUGUCUCCUCUCCUCAACAGCAACAACAUCAACAGCAAAAUCUUAUGAACGAUUUUACAAAUGACUUGUUUGGUUCAGCCCCUACGCAGUCUCCAGUUCAACAGCAAUCAACUCCUAGUAAAAAUACUUCAACAAAUGAUCCAUUUGCUGAUCUUUUCUAAUUUUUUUUUAUGAAAUAAACCUUAAACAUAUCUUCGUUUGGUGACACAUUUCACUUUAGAACGGGAAAAAACCCAUUAAAGCGUCUAAGUGACUAAUGCGUGCAUGAAUAAUCUAUGGAAAUAGUGUAUAGCACGAUAAAAAAAAUGAGGGAAAAGUGGGUUUACAUCCGUAUUUAUAAUAAUUGAACGCAAUAAAAAACUUCGUUGACGUUUUUUUUAUGCAAAGCUUAUUUGUAUUAUGAUUUUUAUAUUUGCGUAGAUGAUUUACGGAAUGAACAUUAGUGGCAUUUAUAUUUUAAAGAUAUAAUAUAGAUUUUUUUUUAUUUU